CCCUAUAUAUAGUAAUAGUACAGUGGAAAGAUAAGAAAAAACAAAAACAAAAACAAAAAAAGUGCCGUUGAAGCUGCUACACUGUUCCUUUUCGCGCUCCCGCGUCACUGAGUGAGUCUCCGAUUCACAUCUGCCGAGUCACCACUCACUUCGUUGUUGACAACGAUGAUCAACGCGUUUCCUCCUAGGGUUUUGGAAUCUCUCGAUUCCAUGGAUCCCUUUCUACAUUUCCUAUCGGAGGAGGCUGAUGAAUGUGUCAAUUACACUCCUCCUAGGGUUUUGGAAUCUCUCGAUUCCAUGGAUCCCUUUCUACAUUUCCUAUCGGACGAGGCUGCUGAUGAAUGUGUCAAUUACAAUCCUCCUAGGGUUUUGGAAUCUCUCGAUUCCAUGGAUGCAUUCGGUAAUUCCUCUGCAAGUUUUCAAUCGCACGAGUUUCUCGACAAGUUCGACGUAAACGAUUUUGAUGGGGUGGUUGAUUUGGAGACCCAUGUGGCCACUUUGGAAAAUCGCCAACAUCAGACUGAAUUAGCUUACUUUAAUUUAGAGCCUGAUGAAUGUGCCAAUUACAGUACUCCGCCAAGUUAUGUGUCUGAUAUCGCAGCAGAUGCAACUUGUUUACAUAGACCGACAACCUACUACCCCGAUUUUCAGGAGCCUUUUGUCUAUCCAAAAGGAGAUCCAGACGCUGUUUGCUUGACUAAGACAGAUGUUGAACUAUUAAAUCCAGCUACAUACAUCAAUGAUACUAUAAUCGACUUUUAUAUUCUAUAUCUAAAGAACAAGAUGCAAAAGCAGAAAAAGCCUAGUUUCCACUUUUUCAACAGUUUUUUCUAUCCAAAGCUGGCUGGUGACCGAAAAUCAGCGUUUCGAAGCGUUCGUAAAUGGACAAGAAAAGUAAAUUUGUUUGAAAAAGAUUAUAUUUUCAUACCUGUGAACUUCAAAUAUCACUGGAGCUUAAUAGUAAUUUGUCAUCCUGCACUACAAGAAAACACAUUUUUCGCAACGAAAAAAGUCGUUGGGAAAUGUCAAAAGUUGUUGCAAAAGAGCUUUACCCCAACAACCAAAAAGUCGCUGCUGGAUGUUGCGAUAAGUUCCGUUACAAAAAGUUUUGCAGCGAAAUUUAAUAUUGUUGCCGUUUAUUGGUUUUUUGCAACAAUAUUAUUUGUUGCCAUUUUUUAA